CCCGCCUUUUUUGGGCUGCCUUCUGAGUAAGCUACACAAGAAGGACAGACGUUUUGCCAUGGUCGAGGAGAUGCUGGGGGAGAUCUUGCCCAGGGAUGCCAUAAACCUUCAGGCAGCCUUUGCUCUGACCUGUGGUUCUGCCACUGCGAUCGUGUUAUGGAAAUGGCUGUCACGCAGAAGGAUCCAGAGGAAGAUGGAGGAGGCCAGGCAAUGGAGAGACAACAGCCUGGAUCUAAUGGAAAAAGUCAUUUGGAAGAUGAAACAGAAGAACCCAGGAGUCCAGUCUGAAUUCAUCCUUUCCCUGUCACUAGUGGAAUUGGCAACAAAACUCAGAGAGGAGUCUCUUUCCCCAGAGAGUGUCCUGUAUGCCUACAUAAAGAAGGCUCUUGAAGUAACCCGAGAUGUAAACUGUGUGACAGAUUUCAUUCAUGGCUGUGAGGAACAACUCAGGGACCUGAAGAACCAGAAGGACAAAGGCUUGUUGUAUGGGGUUCCUGUCAGCAUUAAGGACCACAUUGGAUGCAAGGGUCACAUCUCUACCGGAGGUUUGGUGCAGUUUCUCAACAAAGUCGAGAAGGAGGACAGCGUGAUAGUGAAGGUCUUGAAGAAGCAGGGGGCAAUUCCAUUCGUGAAAACCAACAUUCCCCAGAGCAUGAUAAACUAUGACUGCAGCAACUUAAUUUUUGGUCCGACAGUAAAUCCUCGCAACCACAAAAAAAGUCCUGGUGGUUCCUCUGGAGGGGAAGGAGCCCUUAUUGCUGGAGGAGGGUCAAUCUUGGGUUUUGGGACAGAUGUUGCUGGAAGCAUUCGCCUCCCAUCCAGCUUCUGUGGGAUUUGUGGACUAAAGCCUACAGGCUCCCGAUUGAGUACUCUUGGUCUUGCUUCCCCCAUAGGAGGCAUGAAGUCAGUUACAGCUACAAUUGGCCCAAUGGCAAGGGAUGUGGACAGCCUGGCUCUGUGCAUGAAGGCUCUCUUGUGUGAUGAGUUAUUUCGCCUGGACCCCACAUUACCACCCAUGCCUUUCAAAGAGGAGAUUUAUACAAGUUCAAAACCUCUCCGCAUUGGAUACUAUGAAGAUGAUGGAUAUUUCCAGCCAUCUCCCAGCAUGCGGAGGGCUGUUCGAGAAAUAAAACAACUUCUUCAGACAGCAGGACAUACACUCAUCCCCUUUGUGCCUCCUCGCCUUAACUAUGUAGUUGAUGAACUUUUCACCAGAGGUCUCUUUUCUGAUGGAGCUGCAAGUCUACUGGAAAAGUUCAAUGGAGACAUUGUUGAUCCAAAUUUGAAAUCCCAAGUUAAUUGUUACAGUAUUCCUAUUGUAAUAAAGAAGAUUUUGGCAUUUAUCCUAAAACCUGUGUACCCUCGGAUUGCCAGAGAUCUCAAUGCACUAUGUGGAGUUGGGUCAGUAAAAAACCUAUGGAAGCAUCAUGUGGCAGUGGCGACUUACAGGGAAGAAUUCCUUGCUGAAUGGAGGAAUCUAAAACUGGAUGUCAUCCUGUGUCCUGCCUUGGGCCCAGCAUUUAAUGAAGGCUACCCUGGGAAAUUAUUUGCUGCUACAUCAUACACCAAUUUAUACAAUGUCCUAAACUUUCCUGCUGGGAUUGUGCCUGUCACCACAGUGUCCAAAGCUGAUGAAGAAGAGCUUGCACAUUACAAAGGGCAUUAUGGCGAUCCCUGGGAUAAACGCCUGAAAGAGGCUGUUAAAGAUGCUGUUGGGCUUCCGGUGGCUGUCCAGUGUGUGGCUUUGUCUUGGCAAGAGGAAAUGUGCCUUCGGCUCAUGAAAGAAGUGGAGACUCUUGUCCAUGAGAGGAGAACCAAAUAGUGAUCUGUUGGCCUCACUGUGACAACAGUACAAAGUAAUAGAGUGAAACAACACAACAAAGUGACAAUUCGAUUGUUCAAUCAUUCAUAAGUGUUUAAAUGAAAUUUGUGUCUUGCCUGUAUUGCAUACUGAUUGCAUCAUCCAGAGUGUACUAUAGUCUAGAAAGAGUUAAUUACUGAGAAGCUGUGAUGACCUUGAUGUGUGGCUGGAGCUAGGGAGUGUCUAGACACAAGUGUGUAUGCAUUACUGAUUACAUCAGUUCUGUUCUGAGUUGAGUUGAGUGCUGUCUGCUGAGAGAGUCCUGUGUUCGUCCAUUGUCUGCAAGUCUGUUUGUCUUGAUUAUUACUGCAUAUAGUAAAACUUUGUAUAUAGUUUUACUAACGUCUCUGGGUGUCCCUUCGUUCUGAGUUCCACUGACUCCAUCCAACUACUGCUGCGCUGCAAUUACUCUGACAAAUGAUUCCCCAAACAUGGAAAGAUAGGAAGAAAGAUUGUCUGGAAUUAUUUUCCUACUGUCAAAAUGACAAUGCUUGGGGAUUUGAUUUAUUCAGUUUUUGUAUUUAGCAUUUGUAUGGAGAACUGCUCCAAGCUGUGUUUGAAUGGGAGAUGUAAGAUAUGUCAAUAGAGGACUUGUGCAUAUUAAAUGAACAUUACUGAACACCUGGUAGAGGCAGCUGGAAUUUGUGACUUAUUACAGAACAAGAAAGCCUAGACAGAUGACAGCUGUGGCAGGGAUGACUGAACAGCAACCACUGUGCUUCAUAUAGGCUCAGUUGGGGGAGGGAGGUUCUUCCCAGUACUCAUAAAAAAAUUCUCACCACAGUUUGCCUCUAAAUUUCAUUGGUAAACAGUAAAAGCAUGACAAUGAAUGAUGACACUAUAUUCAUUAUCAUCAAUGGGAAAUGGAAGAUUUUAGCUACCUGUUUGUAUUUGUAUGCAGUAAUUGAUUCUCCAUGUUUGUACUUACAUGAGUGGAAAACAUUAAUUUAUCAUAAUUUUUGAAGUAUAUACUUCAUUAAUUGAAGUCAAUGUAGUAGGGAUCCUAUAUAAGCAUGACAGGCUGGGUUUUAUUUGUUAAUGAGGUCUUUCUAAAUAUAAACACUCAAGUAUGAAUGAGUGUUAUUUGUUAACAAUAAAGUAACAUGAAUGAUACAUGAAAAAA